UUAAAGGUCAAAGGUCUUUUGCGACAUUAUACAUAUCAUCACCUGACUUUAAAGUGAAUUAAAUGCUGUAAAAGGAUAACAGAAAGGAACUAAAGGAAGGAAAAUCCAUUCAGUAAAUAAAGUGUAUAUUUCAAAGGAGGUCAGUACACCUGGACGUCUCUCAAACAGGAAGUAACCGGAGCAGGUUUUUUUCUUCGAACUCGCUGAACUGUGCACUCCUUGAACAGGUAUUUCCAUUCAUCAGAUUAAAAUGAAACUAGAUUGUUGCAGUAAGUGAUAUGCCUGCAGGGCUUUACCCGUUCGGGGAGAAAUACUUCUUUAGACUGACUGAUGAUAUAAGUAAUGUGACAGACACAAACUGCAGUACUGGAAUCCAAUGGAUCUACAAAGUCCUAGGAGAUUGUGUGUGGGAUACCAGAGGGAUAGUCUCCGUGGCGCUGGGUGUGGCCUCCAUUUUGUUUUGGCUGGUUGUCAGCAUUCCUCAGAUGGUAAAGAAUUGUCGAAAUAUUGCUGGUGUAGAGGGCAUUUCAAUACUUCUGAUUCUCCAGUGGACGUUAGGUGAUGCCACAAAUCUAGUGGGAGCUAUUCUCACAAAACAGCUACCUUUACAGAUCUACCUUGCCAUUUACUUUGUAUUUGCUGACCUUGUUCUUUUUUCUCAGUAUAUUUAUUAUCAAAUCUGGAAGCGUAAACAGGCCAAGGACCAAGUAGGAAACAGACCUGGAGCUGUGCCAAAAAUAAUCUUGUGUUUUACUGGUGCAUUUCUGGGAACCAAUUUAUUUGGAGCUAUUUUUUAUAAAACAUCUUUACCAUUUAUAAAUCAAGACCAAAAUAUAUAUAUAAUACACCAUCCAGCUGGUAGGAGUUUAAUGGGAACAAAUCUACAACACAAUGCUGUGAUAUUUCAUGGUUUUAUAGAUGAGAUAGGAUAUGCUAUAGGAGUAGUUUCCAGUAUAUUUUACAUAGGAUCUAGGUCAGCUCAAUUGUAUAAAAAUUAUAAAAGACAAUCAACAGAUGGACUUUCCAUGCUAAUGUUCUGGAUUGCUAUUUUUGGGAAUCUUACAUAUGGGCUGGCUAUUAUUGUGCGACAGUUGGAUGUAGUGUAUAUUAUACGACAUAUCCCCUGGCUAGUGGGGAGUCUAGGAGUUAUUUUCCUUGAUGCUUCUUUAUUGGUACAGUUUAAAUAUUAUGGAUCGAGGGAAGACUUUGACAGACUUUCUCAGGAACCAUUACUUCAAGAUCAGGAAGUUGUUGUCGAAGUAGAACGUAACAAGUAUGGUACCAUCAACUGAUACUACAACUGAUACUACAUGGGGUCAGCAUCAGAAGAGACACUGCAUUCUUUGUGGAAUAUCAAAUAUUGUGAAAAUCAGUAUUUUGUCUCAAGAGAAUCAAACAAUUUUUCAUCAGGAAAAUUAAUGUAUUUGUACUCCAGUCAUGCCAAUAGCAAAGGAGGAAGUGUAUUAAUUUACCUCUUUCCAUAUCUUUUAAUUUUAUGAAUGUAUUGUGUUCUCGUUCCAUGUCUUGUGAUUUUAUGAAUGUAUUGUGCUUUUAUUAAAAAAAUAUAUAAAUAUUGCAUGUAGUUGAGUGUAACAUUGAAAAUUUUCACCCAAUGAAAACCAUUGUCAACCGAGGCGCAUGCAAUAUUUAUUAUAUUAUACUGAAUGUUUUAUAUAAAUACAUAUAACAGUGAACCUUGCGCACAUAAAUUCUGCGCAGUCACUAUUUUUUGGAAUAUCACCCAUUGUCAUGCAAUGCUGACUUGCUUCACUGGAGGGCGUGGCUUCAUUAUUCGGCGGGUAAUAGUGUUUUUUAACAAAUGUUUCUCGACAAAUCAGAUUCAACUAAAUUUACAUGAAAGUAUAAUAUUAGAGGAUAUUCAAUGUUUUGUAGUUGGAUAUGGAAUUUAUUUCACGAGUGGGACAGGAUGUUUUGAUAUUUUCAUGAGUGCGAAGCACGAGUGAAAACAUAAAAAAUCCUGUCUCAAGAGUGAAAUAAAUUCCAUAUCCAACUACAAAACAUUGAAUUUUCUGUUUAUGACAUUUUCUUUGAUUUUCCCUUUGCCUUUGUCUUUCCUUAACACAGUGUCAUAGUCUGUGAUGUCAUAGUUGAGCAGUUGAGACAUCAUGAAUAGCCUAGCAGUUGUGAGAUUGAAAACUUUUAGCAACAUACAGUGAAACUUGUCUAAUCUGGAUGUUGUGGAAUCCGAAACCUUGUUUAAUACGGUGUAAACUUCAAGUCCCUUACAGUAAAUUCAAUAGUUUUAAAUGUUGUCUAAUCCGAAAUGUAAUCUAAUCCGGCCAAUUUCUUUGGAACCAAUUGUGUCCGGAUUAGACAAGUUUUACUGUAUUUUGGAAGAAAUUGGCAGUUUUAUGACAGGCCAGAAAUUAUUUUUUACUUUGAUAUCCUUUCACACUGUGAGAGAAUAUCACUUUGGUAUCCUUUCACACCGUGAGAGAAUAUAACUUUUAUUCAGUAAAUAAAUCACAGUAUUUCACUGUUGAAAAUGUAAUGAAAUAAUUUAAUUUAUUUCUGCCCAUUUGGUACCAUACUUUGUCUUUUAGUCUGACUGUACAAUACUCUAUUUGUAAUAUGACUGUACAAUAGUUUAUUCUUAUUUUGACUGUACAAUAUUUUAUGCCCAUUGCUAGUCAUUAAUUGUUCUCCUUGUUUAUUAUUAAAAUACAUCUAAAUUAAAUGAAUGUACUGAAUAAAAAAUAAAAAUAG